GUGUGCAUACGAAAAACAAAAACAGAUUCACGUUGCUUUUGUUGUUGUAGAUGUUGUUUUUCUGUGUUUGGCAGCGAUUUGCGUAAAUUGUGUUUGCUUUUGUGUCUAAAAAUAGGGAUCAGAUGCCGCAAAAUAUUUAAAAAAGCAUUCGAAACAAUAUUUUUGAGCUUCAGGUGUGCGCUCAUUUUCAGUUGGCAGCGGGACGGGCCCCCAGGCGAAAGUUGAAGGUGUUCUUACGUUCCGGGCAAAAUGGAAAAAUACGGCACCACCGCCACUUCAUCCACAUCCAAGUCGACAUCCUCUCCUAAAUCGAAAACUGGAAAGAGCCCAGCUCCGCAAAUCAAAAGGGGUCAGCGGAUUCUCACGGAGAAACCGUUUGCCUUCGUUUUGAAGUCCCAAUAUCGUUUGGAGCGCUGUGAUAAUUGCCUGGAGGCGACUAAGGUGCUCAAGUGCUCCAACUGUCGUUAUGUUUCGUACUGCAACCGCUCCUGCCAAAUGCAAGCUUGGGCCCAGCACAAGCACGAAUGUCCGUUCCUCAAAAAGAUUCACCCCAGAAUCGUUCCCGAUGCUGCCAGAAUGCUCUGCCGCUUGAUCCUGCGUUUGGAACACGGAGGCGAUUUGAUUCGGGGCUAUUACACGGAGCAUGGUUCCCGCAAGUUCCGCGAUCUUAUGUCUCAUUACGCCGAAAUCAAGAACGAUCCCAUGCGACUGGAGCAUUUGGACUCGCUUCACGGCGUUCUCACCGAAAUGAUGGCCGAGAGUCCCAGCACGGUGCCAAACAAGACGGAACUGAUGAGCAUCUACGGUCGUCUUAUCACCAAUGGCUUUAAUAUCCUAGACGCCGAGAUGAACUCCAUUGCCACGGCCAUCUAUUUGGGCGUAUCGAUUACGGAUCACAGCUGCCAGCCAAAUGCGGUGGCCACCUUUGAAGGCAACGAGCUGCAUAUCCAUGCGAUAGAGGAUAUGGAGUGCCUGGACUGGUCCAAGAUCUUCAUCAGCUACAUCGAUCUGCUCAAUACGCCGGAGCAGAGGCGUCUUGACCUCAAGGAGCACUACUACUUCAUCUGCGUGUGCAGCAAGUGCACGGAUGCCAAGGAGUCGAAAGAAAUGCUAGCAGCCCUGUGUCCCAAUCGCAACUGCGGCGUGGGCAUUAGUGUGGAGCGCACGAACUGUCCGCGUUGCGAUGCAGGAAUAAGUCCCAAGCUGAGAAAUGCAUUCAACGAGGCUAUGGCCCUCACACAACACAACAUGGGAAACAUGAAGGAUGUAGCCUAUCUCGAUGUGUGCAAGGUUUGCCUCGAUAAACAGACUGGAGUAUUCCAUCCCCUAAACGUGUGGUAUGUGAAGACUCUGGACUCGGCCUUUGAAGCUGCGAUCGAAGUUGGCAAGUGGUCGGAUGCCCUGGACUACGGACAACGUUUGCUGCCAGGCUUUCGAAAAUACCACGGCCCCUGGAAUCCCCUGCUCGGCCUGCUCCAUAUGAAACUGGGGAAGAUCCAGCUGUACGAAGGCCAUGCCAAAGAGGCACUGCAUCAUUUGGAGGAGGCCCAGCGCAUCCUUACGGUCACUCAUGGUCGGGACCAUAGAUUGCUCAGGGAGCAGUUGUAUUUACUGAUUCUUCAAGCCCGUCAUGAGGCACACUAGUUGUGGUUUGAGUUGUUUUUAUUAUUUUAAAUAAAGCUUAAGAUAGAGAA